AUGUGGAAGCUAUUUAAUCCCUCGAGGUCACUAAAGGUAUUCUCUGCAAAAGCUUUGAAUAAUACUUCGGCUGUUGCUUCAUCAUCGUCAUCAUCAACUACACAACCAGACAAUAAGAAACAACAACAAUCGAAUAAAGUAGUUGAUUUAAUAACACAAAAGAAGAAGUCACAGAAUGAUCAUGGCUCAUCACCAACGAUGACGAAUCGAAAGUAUUCGACAUCGGCUGCCACUGCUUCAGUGAUACAACCAUCAUCAAUCUUUCUACUACAAGCAAUCAACCAAAACAACAACAAUCACAACAAGGAUGAAUCAAGUUCAACUUUUGAUCAAACCUAUACAAACACAUCUGGCUUUUCAAAUCAAUCGUCGUCAGCUGGCGGUCAGACCUAUCAACAAAGACCUAUCAGUCGAUUCAAGAGUGAAUUUAUAUCAUCUCAAGUGAUUGGACAAGGUGGGUUUGGUAUUGUAUACAAGGCUAAACAUUUGAUCGAUGAAAUAGAGUAUGCUGUCAAGAAGUGUCGAAUCACCAAUGAAAGUAAAUCAAAGGAACUUUCUGAAUGCCGUACCAUGGCCAAGUUAAAUCACCCAAACAUUAUUCGUUACUUUGCAACAUGGAUAGAAUCAAUCACCAAACAACAACAAGAAGAACAAGAACAAGAGAACCAAGCAGUCGAUAGUAGAGAAGGAGGAUUCUACUCAAAUACAAACUCUCUAUCAUCGUAUCAUAAUAGUCAAGGUACAUGUACCAGUAGUAGUUUAAUUGGAUAUUAUGGUAAUAAUCAAUCAGAUAUUGAUUAUACUGGAACUACAAGUUUAACAUCUUUUGGUUAUUUGCAUAAUAAUAAUUAUAAUAAUAGGAAUCAUUUAUCAUCAUCUUCAUCUUCUUCAUCAUCUUCAUCUUCAUCAUCUUUUUCUUCAUUAUCAUCAUCAUCAACAUCAUCAGAAACUUUAAAAUAUUUAUAUAUUCAAAUGGAAUUGUGUAAAUUUGGAACAUUACGUAAUUGGAUGGGAGAGGUGCCAUCGAUGGACAUUCCCAUGUGUCGUGAUAUUAUCAAACAACUAUUAUCUGGUAUUGAUUAUAUCAACAAAAAAGGUUAUGUUCAUCGAGACAUUACACCUGAUAAUAUUUUCAUGUCACAAGAUUCUGAUGGAGAAGGUUGGACUGUAAAGAUUGGUGAUUUUGGCCUAUCAACAACUAUUGAUUGUAUUUCCAAUCAUCAACAACAACAACAAUCAAUACAUCCAUUGCAACAACAGCAACAAACAAUAACAAAAAUGACGGCGAUCAAGAACAAGCCUGUUGGAACCAUACUUUAUUCUAGUCCAGAACAAGAACAAGGAGGUUAUUAUGACCAAACAACAGAUGUAUACAGUGUGGCUGCCAUUUAUUAUGAAAUGUUGUCACAGUGGAAGACAACUAGCGAGAGAAUACACUCUCUUUCUGCAUUGAAAAAGACAUUGUCCAUAUCCUCAACCUUUAAGUUACUUUACCCAUCAGAAUCAAAGUUUAUUCAAACUUUGGUCCAACCCUUUAAACUCAGACCAUCUGCAUCUUCCAUCAUUAAUAAUUUUGAUGAUUUCUUCAAAGUAGAUGGUACUUUACCAUUAGAUUAUAGAUUUCAACCACAAUAG